UAGUGACACUCGAAACCGUAUAGUCGUGUGUCGCGCACGCCGUGCCGCUAUCAGUCGUCGCCGCCGUCGCGCGUGCAGGGCGUUUACGCAGGUGCGGCAGCCAGACGUGUUUUUUGGACACACGGUGCGCGCGCGUUCACGGCGUUGUUUUUCAGUGGUAAAACGCGCGCCUCGCCGACCGCAACCGACAGCAGUAGCAGCAACGGGCCCCAAACGGGUAACGGCAACGUGCAACGGGUAACGGCUACGGCCAGAGCACAACAGUAGUAGUCGCGUGUCCGAGAGCGCUCGUCCGCGUGCGUUCUGUGUUGUGCAUCGUGUGCGCAUACCGGUGUGCAUUACGUCUACACAACGUCGGUUCGUCCGCGUUUUCCGGUAUUUUUUUAAUUUUCAAUUUUCCCGUUCGCCCCGCGGUAGCGCAGUAUCUUCGUCGGGACGCGCAGUACCGCUCUCGUGUUCCGUAUUCACCGAAUCCCCCCCCUCCCCCGCAGUCGUACGCGAUCCAGGGGCUGCACCUCCGGGCCCCCGCGCAAGUUUUCCCGCGUGAACAGCGGAACACACGUUCGGGACCGCGCGCCAAGAUAUGACGGACCACGUCGUCCGGCCGCGACAACGGACCGCGACGUGAUCGGCAGACGACCGCUUCAUGUCGGACGUCCGACCGCACCGACGGAGCACGUGGAUGAUUUGUCGAGUCACGUGCGUUGAACCGCAGAAAAUGUAAUGGGCAACGGUCACGAUGACGGAGCUGGCAAGGUGUGGUUGGCGCAGGUCAUCUGCCGCCUGGUGUACUCGGUGUAUCAGGACAACGGGCACUACUACAACAACGGUUCGACGACGACGGCCGCGGCCGCGGCGGCGACGGUGGCCGCCACCGAGAUGGUGAUGACCGCGACGACGAACGUGAACAAGCUGCUGGUGACCGAGGCCCGGGUCGACCGGCUCGACUGCGGCGGCACGUGGACGCUGGACUGUCGGCGGGCGGCGGGCGCGCGGCCGGACGCGGCGCUCGCGUGCGCCGACGCGUCGUCCGGGGUCGCGGACACCGUCGUCCGCCUGUACCUGCCGGCCGGGCUGUCGGCGCAUUUCGACGGGCAACCGGCCGUGUCCGUGGGCCUGCCCGAGACGGCCCGCGGUAAGCCCGUCACCGUCGUCCGGUGCGACGGCCGCGACGUGCCCGGCGACGGCAACCAGGUGACGUGUUCGGUGCGCGGCGAGCCGUCGCGGCCGUCGGCGGUGGACGCGUAUGACGGCCAUCAGCAGCAGCAACAUGGGUACAACUGGAAGUAUUUGUUCGUGUUCGUGUUCAUCGCCGCCGGCGGCGUGGGAAACAUACUCGUGUGCUUGGCCAUAUGUCUGGACAGGCAGCUGCAGAACGUCACUAACUACUUCCUACUGUCGCUGGCCAUUGCCGAUCUGCUCGUGUGCCUGUUCGUCAUGCCGCUCGGAGCCAUACCGGGAUUUUACGGUGAAUGGCCCCUGGGUGUUGCUUGGUGCAACGUGUACGUCACUUGCGAUGUGUUAGCAUGCAGUUCUAGUAUCAUGCACAUGUGUUGCAUAUCACUUGGAAGAUAUCUGGGUAUAAGACAUCCGCUCAGGACGAGACAUCACUAUUCCACCAUGAAAUUAGUGUGUUUUAAAAUUGCAAUCGUCUGGUUCCUUUCGUUUUUAGUGUCGUUGUCAGUCACGCUUUUGGGUCUCUACAAUCCUAAGAACAUUAUGCCAGAUCCAGGGGUUUGCGUCAUCAACAAUCGAGCUUUUUUUGUCUUCGGUUCGCUGGUGGCCUUCUAUAUACCAAUGAUCAUUAUGGUGGUCACAUAUGCUCUCACUGUUCAGUUGUUGCGGAAGAAAGCGAGAUUUCUGCUGGACGACGAUUUCGUGGACGGCCGGAGGAACGGGACGAGCGCAGAACCGCACCUGUUCAGACGUCUGGGCGGCCGGUUCUCGGCCAACAAACAUCAGAACAACACGACAAGGCGGGUACAGCCGGGCAACAAGAACAAACAGUGCGAUCAACACACGCAGAUACCGGACGCGGUAUCCGCCUCCAACAGCGACUCGAGGAACUUCCGGCUAAAGACGCUUAGGCUUCAGCUGAACAUGAACCCAUCGACUCUGAAUCUGAGGUACAUCAGAUUUCUCGCCAACAGACAGAAACGUCAAAGUUUAGCAGCCGCAAACGCUGUUCGAACCGAACAAAAAGCCAGCAAAGUAUUAGGAGUUGUGUUCUUCACAUUCGUACUCUGCUGGUCACCAUUCUUUUUGUUGAACAUCCUCUUCGCCGUGUGUCCGAAAGUCGAUUGCCCGGUGCCCGACCACGUGACCGAGGUGUGCCUUUGGUUGGGAUACGUGUCAUCGACAAUCAACCCGAUCAUCUACACGAUAUUCAACAAAACGUUUAGAGCUGCGUUUAUCAGGCUGUUGAAAUGUCAGUGCCACAAGACCAGACCGCAUCGGUACAGGUCCGUGACGGACAACCGACAUUCGGCGCUGAUCAGCACCCCGUCCGGUGCGGCGGCGGGCACCGCGUCCGUGCCGCUGUCGCUGUCGCUGCAGACCACACCCCUCACGUCGCCGCCCGUGCGGACUGGCAGCGGUGGCACCGUGGUCGCGCCGAAGAAAACGCCGUCCACGCCCACGUACCCGGACUCGUUUUGCGUCGAAGAAUCACUGCCCAAGAAGAACGUGAUGAAAUACUGACGCGGAGACCGACGACCGGACACACAUCGUGAGACAACAGUAGCGGCGGCGGUGGCGGGACUAGCGCCCGAUCAAACGUCAGCGGCCGACAAACGCUGAAACGCGAUUCCGCAAAAAACAACACGUGGUCGUCCCCGAACCGGCGGCGCGACACAUAUUUAAACAUAUAUUACUGCUGUUAUCAUUAUUAUUAUUAUUAUUAUCAUUAUUAUUAUUAUUAUUAUUAUUAUUAUUAUUAUUAUUAUCAUCAUUAGUAUUAUUAUUACCAUUAUCGUUACCUGCGGUACGGCGACCGCGACGACCGUUCGAACCGUACGGUUAGUAAGUACCGUUUUACCGCGACGCGGUCGUCCGUCCGUUGCGGGCCACUCGUAAUCAUUAUACAUAUACAUAUCAAUAAACGUAUUUUUUCACUUCCUGUGUGACACGUGCACGAGGUCUAUGUUGUAUAGGUUCGCGGGACGUAAGAAUUAAAAAAAAAAGAAAAAAGAAAAACGACCGACGACGGAGAGCGGGUCAAUCGGUCUUUAUGAACAUAUUAUCUUGCUGAGUGUAUGACACACGCGUACACGUCGUUGCUGGACCGUAAUAAUAUUGUAUCAAGUGAAUUAUCGCGCACUUCUGCCGGACGGCUGGCGAAAGCACGCGAAAAAAAUAAAUAAAAAUAAAAGCGCGCUAUACGUUUUUUCAGCCGUUAAAUCCCACGCAGGGUCUAUAAAGCCGAAAAGAGCAUAUCGAUAUAAUGACUAUUGCAAUAGGACCAGUGGUGCAGCGGAAGAAAAACAGAGACCAUACGAGUUGAAACGUUUUUCGCCUAAAACACCAUUUCAUAAAAUAACGUGUGCGUGUGCGUUUGUUGUGUGUAAUUUUUUUUUUCCGUUUGUUCAUUGUUAUUAUUA